GUUGAACCAUUUAUAAUUAAUUCAGACAAAAUGUUCUUAAACUCAGAGGAACAGACAAUGCUGUGUUACAGUUUUUCUCAAUUGUUUUCACACAUUUUCUGGUACUUGAGACACAAUUACCACAACAUGUAACCAACCCCCCUAACCAAUUUUGCGAAACUACAAGCACAAUUCCUGCUUUGCACUCAAAUUUCAAAUCUAAAACACACUUUUCUCACAACACUACACACAAUUCUCUGCUGUUGGCACAGUUUUCAUACAGGAACUAUCUUGUUCUCACAAGGAACACACAGCUAUUCAAAUAUGCACACAGACUCAUCACAAGGGCAAACACCUGUCACACAGUUUUACAAUCAGCAAACAGAACUUUAGCAUAAAAGGGCAACAGGUGAGCUCUUCUGUGUUGGAGCAAUGGAUGCCAACUUUGGAAACAGGCAGAGCCAGAGGAGUGAGAGUAAGAGGAGGAGGAAGAGGAAGACCAAGGAACGUAAUCUCUGAUGAGAUCCGAGCCACAGGUCAACAGGGUGCAAUUUGAAGGAAACUCAGAAAGAGUCAAAGAAUUGCGAUAUAACUAUGUGCAAAGAGUCCUUGAGCUAGAGGCAGCUGCAGUGGAGCACCAGUUCAUCUUCAUUGAUGAGGUUGGAUUCAAUCUCACAAAAAGACGAAAGAGGGGAAGGAAUAUCAUUGGCCAGCGUGCCAUUGUUGAAGUCCCUGGCCAACGUGGAGGGAACAUCACAAUGUGUGCAGCGCUUGGCUACCAUGGCAUCAUCCAUCACCAUGCUACCCUUGGCCCCUACAACUCCGCCCAUCUGAUCACAUUCCUGGACACCCUACAUAACACACUCAUUCCACCAGACCAGGUAGAUGGUCCAGAACAGCCCAGGUACGUUGUCAUUCGGGACAACGCAAGUUUCCACCAGGCUGCUGUGGUUCGUAAAUGGCUCACUGGCCACCCACGCUUUUUAGUUGUUUACCUCCCUCCAUAUUCUCCAUUCCUCAAUCCCAUUGAGGAAUUUUUUUCUGCAUGGAGACGGAAGGUGUAUGACCGACAGCCACAAACCCGUAUACCUCUUCUCCAAGCUAUGGAGGAUGCAUGUGGAGAUAUAGCAGCUGAUUCUUUUCAUGGCCGGAAUCGCCAUGCUAGGAGAUAUUUCCCCCGCUGCUUGGCCAGGGACAACAUUGCUUGUGAUGUGGAUGAGGCGCUGUGGCCAGACCGCAACAGAAGAGAGGAUGCAGCAUAGAUUUAUUGUUUUACUGUAACUGUAUACAGUAAAUUUCUGUUGGAUGUAGUUUAUGUGUGCAACUUUGUGUUGGUUGGGAAUGGGAUAAACAUUGUGUACAAUGUUUUGUGGGAAAAAUAAAAUAAUUUCUACCAUGUAUUUGUGUGUUCAGAGUGUAAAAACAAUAUUCUGAAAUAACAACACAUGCAUGUGUUUACUGUCUGUAGUAGGUAUAACACUGAACCAAAAAGGCUUUAGUCAUUAUGAUGAAUGGAGAGGACGUGUUUUCCAUUCAUCAUAGUGUUUAACAUUGAGCACAUGAGUGUUCUGCUGGUUCUUAUAAAUGUCUGUUCACAUGAUGGUUUGUGUGUGUCAUUUGACAACAAAAUCACAUUUUGAGGAGAAAGUACAUUGUUUUGAAUGUGUUUAAUUUUGCAGGUUAAGUGAGGGGUUUUGCCCAUUGUGUGUGGUUAUUUUCUGGAUUUGUGUGUAGAGUUCUGAAAAUAUGGGGCAUGCUUUCAGAAAAUGUGGGUAAACAAUUGAGAAAAACUGUAACACAAUAAACUUAGCAAAUAAGGUAUUGGGUCUACCUAAGAAUUAAUUGGUAAAGAAUUCUCAUACCUGCUGCUUACUGGUCUUGCCUUGUGGAAAUAAAGUAUAAAGACAGUUUGGUGGUUUAAAAUGUUUGCAUGUUUCCCAUUUAGUUAAUUAUUGUUAAUGUUAUAAUACUAGCACAUUAAUGUUUAAAUUACUUUUCUUGACACUAAGAAACCUUUUUUUUUUGUAAAAAAAAAUAUCUCAAUGACUAUAAUGUAGUUUAGGUUCAGCCUCUGUAUAUGAGAUAUAUAAUGGAGUUUUUAUAAGCCAUACAUUUCUCUUACGCAA